AUGGCACCAAAAGCAGAAAAGAAACCAGCUUCAAAAGCUCCAGCUGAAAAGAAACCAGCCGCUAAAAAGACUUCUUCAUCAGCCGAAGGUGGAAAAAAGAGAACCAAGGCUAGAAAGGAAACUUACGCAUCAUAUAUUUUCAAGGUCUUGAAACAAACUCACCCAGACACUGGUAUUUCCCAAAAGGCCAUGUCAAUUAUGAACUCAUUUGUCAAUGAUAUCUUUGAAAGAAUUGCUUCAGAGGCUUCUAAAUUGGCUGCUUACAAUAAGAAAUCCACCAUUUCUGCUAGAGAAAUUCAAACUGCUGUUAGAUUGAUCUUGCCAGGUGAAUUGGCUAAACAUGCUGUUUCCGAAGGUACUAGAGCUGUCACCAAAUACUCAUCAGCUUCAAACUAA